AUGAUGGCAUCGCAAAAAACAGGAACUAGCAAAGAUCGUACAACCAAUUUUAGUAAAGAAGAGACUGUAAAACUGACAUGCCUCCUCAAGGAUUAUUCGAUAAUUACAAGCAAAAGAACUGAUCACGCGAGUAACCAGCAAAAAGAUGCAGCGUGGCGAUCUCUAGCAGAAAAGUUUAAUUCGGACGCUGUUGUUUACAGAAAUGUUAAGCAACUACAACAAAAAUUUAACAAUAUGAAAAAAAUAGCCAGAAAAGAAAUGAGUGCAGAGAAAAAUGGUAGGAAACAAACUGGAGGUGGACCACCACCCCCUAAACCAUCAGAGACAACAGAAUGGUUAAACACCAUUAUGGGCGAGUCAAUUUCUGGCUUACCCGCUAUAUAUGACAGUGAUGCUUUAGUUGAUGGUGACACAACGCUUGAAAUGUCAAACACAGCAGAAUGCACCAUAUCUCUAGAUUUAAUGGAAAACGAAAUGUCCGAUGCAGGUGGUACUGCAAAUACUUCCUUAAAUGAGUGCAACAAUUUGUUAAACACAGAAGUAUUGGAUGAUAUUGAGACAGAUUUGUUUAUUACUUAUUAA